GGUUACUUUGCUAUGGCUAAUGCCUAAGCUUCUAAAUUUAUUGCGUUUUCCUCCAUUUUAGUCUUGUUCAACCAAAAUCAGGUAACUUGUGAACGUCUUGUUGCUUAUUUUACUUUUGAAUAUAGUAGUGAUAAUGUCUUCAGAAGAGAUGACUAGCACUGGAGAGCAAGGGGGAGGGUUCAAGAAGAAGAGGAUGUGGCGAUGCCUCAGAUUAUUUUAGAGGCAGAUGAUGAAAGGGAGAGGUGUUUCAACCCUAAGGAUGAGAUUGUUUCUAAAGUAAUAGAGUAUGAAACGUCUCUUAAAAGCAAAAGUAGCUUGGUAUAUUUAGUUGAGAACUACAGGGUGCUUGAUCAUGUGUUGUUAAAGCCGAUUGGAAGGGAGGAGAGGGCUUGCUCUACCCCACGGGACCACUGGAUGCCCAUGCUGGGAGUGGAAGGGAAAAAGAGUGGUAUUACUUUACUGCCUGAGUUUCUAACAAGGAGAACAUGGGUUUGUUCACCGUCAAACUCUCUUUCAUCAAAGGAUGGAAAGAUAAGUUCUUCUUUGUGGAUGACAGCAAAUGGGAUAAGACAAAUGCCGAGUGAGAUGAAUAAGUUCCUAGAUGCAGCUAGUGGGGUUGGUAUCCCCAAGAAAAAGGGGAAGGUCGUGAAUGCUAGGGUGGUGGAAGGACGAGAUGGUGGGAGCUUUACAUCUCAGCCUAAUGCUCAAGCUCCAACUGUUUCCCAACCCAGAAGUCUGGAGGCCGAGAUUGUUAUAAAGGCUAGGGAGGAUGAGCUAGUUGCUAUCAAGAGACGGAGGGUGGAAAAAGACUUGAAGAACUCGUACCAAAAAAGGAAAAUUUGUGAAGACGAGCUUGAGAAGAAGGAAAAAGAGCUGGAUAAAGUGAGGAAGGCAACAAUUGAGCUGGAGCUACAGGUCCGCCAUUUUGUUGAGGGGCAUAUAGUAGACUUCUUGAAAUCCAGCACUUUCAAAAACAUCGUCAAUCUGUACCGGCUCCUAACCACAAUUGUCGCCUUCACUAACUGUCAAAAUAAGGUAAAAUUGCAAUAUCCUGAGGUCGAUGUGACGAAAAUCACAUUUGGGGACCAAGAGGGAAAAGUCAAGGAAAACAGGGAGAGUAGUAUUGUGGAUUUUCGUCCCAAGGUUGAAUUGAAGUGGGAUCGGGACAUUAAAGGUCGAACCGUUUUUCUGCCAAACUUUGAUUUUAAGUUCGUAAUGGUGGAUGAUGAAGAAAACGGAGGUGCUAAUAAGCCUGAACAGCCGGCAGAGUAGCUCUUCACUUCAUCCAUUUGAACAAUUUGAUUAUUUGUAAACAAUUUGAUUUAUUGAAUGAAUUUAAAUUUUGAUA